GCAGCGCAGCCGCCCUUAUUUAGUCCGCGAUGGCUCCUCGCACGCCCCACCGGCCUCCUCCCAUAGACGCUGCCCGCCCCGCGCAUCCCGGGGCCCCCGGGACCAGCCUCGGGCGGCUCCCCGAGCCCGACUACCCCUAAACCGGAACGGCGGCGGCCGAAAGGGCGCGUGCGGACCGGUAGCGGCGACCGGAAAGAGCGGACGGGUCGCGAGGAGACGAGCCAGGCCGCGGAGGAAGAGGAGGGCCGCGACGAGCCGAGCUGUCACGACCGGCGGGGGGACGCGCAGCCUUACCAGGCACUUAAGUAUUCAUCGAAGAGUCACCCCAGUAGUGGUGAUCACAGACAUGAAAAAAUGCGAGACGCCGCAGAUCCUUCACCACCAAACAAAAUGUUGCGGAGAUCUGAUAGUCCUGAAAACAAAUACAGUGACAGCACAGGUCACAGUAAGGCCAAAAAUGUGCAUAUUCACAGAGUUAGAGAGAGGGAUGGUGGGACCAGUUACUCUCCCCAAGAAAAUUCACACAACCACAGUGCUCUUCAUAGUUCAAAUUCACAUUCUUCUAAUCCAAGCAAUAAUCCAAGCAAAACUUCAGAUGCACCUUAUGAUUCUGCAGAUGACUGGUCUGAGCAUAUUAGCUCUUCUGGGAAAAAGUACUACUACAAUUGUCGAACAGAAGUUUCACAAUGGGAAAAACCAAAAGAGUGGCUUGAGAGAGAACAGAGACAAAAAGAAGCAAACAAGAUGGCAGUUAAUAGCUUCCCGAAAGAUAGAGAUUACAGAAGAGAGGUGAUGCAAGCAACAGCCACUAGUGGGUUUGCCAGCGGAAUGGAAGACAAGCAUUCCAGUGAUGCCAGUAGUUUGCUCCCACAGAAUAUUUUGUCUCAGACAAGCAGACACAAUGACAGAGACUACAGACUGCCAAGAGCAGAGACUCACAGUAGCUCUGCGCCAGUACAGCACCCCAUCAAACCAGUGGUGCAUCCAACUGCUGCCCCAAGCACUGUUCCUUCUAGUCCAUUUACGCUACAGUCUGAUCACCAGCCAAAGAAAUCAUUUGAUGCUAAUGGAGCAUCUACCUUAUCAAAACUGCCUACACCCACAUCUUCUGUCCCUGCUCAGAGAACAGAAAGAAAAGAAUCUACAUCAGGAGACAAGUCUGUAUCACACCCUUGCACAACUCCUUCCACAUCUUCAGCCUCUGGACUGAACCCCACGUCUGCACCUCCAGCAUCCGCUUCAGCAAUUCCUGUCUCUCCUGUUCCACAGUCACCAAUACCUCCAUUACUUCAGGACCCAAAUCUGCUUAGACAGUUGCUUCCUGCUUUGCAAGCCACACUGCAACUUAAUAAUUCUAAUGUGGACAUAUCCAAAAUAAAUGAAGUUCUUACAGCAGCUGUGACACAAGCCUCAUUGCAGUCUAUAAUUCACAAGUUUCUUACUGCUGGACCAUCUGCUUUCAACAUAACUUCUCUGAUUUCUCAAGCUGCUCAGCUCUCCACACAAGCCCAACCAUCCAAUCAGUCUCCAAUGUCUUUAACAUCUGACGCAUCAUCCCCACGAUCGUAUGUGUCUCCAAGGAUAAGCACACCCCAGACAAACACAGUCCCCAUCAAACCUUUGAUCAGUACUCCUCCUGUUUCAUCACAGCCAAAGGUUAGUACUCCAGUAGUUAAGCAAGGACCAGUUUCACAGUCGGCCACACAGCAGCCUGUAACUGCUGACAAGCAGCAAGGUCAUGAACCUGUCUCUCCUCGAAGCCUUCAGCGCUCAAACAGCCAGAGAAGUCCGUCACCUGGUCCAAAUCACACGUCUAGUAGUAAUGCAUCAAAUACAGCAGUUGUACCACAGAACUCCUCUGCCCGACCUCCGUGUUCACUAACACCGACGCUUGCAGCACACUUCAAUGAAAAUCUCAUCAAGCACGUUCAAGGAUGGCCUGCAGAUCAUGCGGAGAAGCAGGCAUCAAGAUUGCGAGAAGAAGCCCAUAACAUGGGAAGCGUUCAUAUGUCAGAAAUUUGUACUGAAUUAAAAAAUUUAAGAUCUUUAGUCCGAGUAUGUGAAAUUCAAGCAACUUUGCGAGAGCAAAGGAUACUAUUUUUGAGACAACAAAUUAAGGAACUCGAAAAGCUAAAAAAUCAGAAUUCCUUCAUGGUGUGAAGAUGUGAAUAAUUGCACAUGGUGUUGAGAACAGGAACUGUAAAUCUGUUGCCCAGUCUUAACAUUUUUGAGCUGCAUUUAAGUAGACUUUGGACCGUUAAGCUGGGCAAAGGAAAUGACAAGGGGUCGGGGUCUGUGAGAUUCACUUCAGGGGAAAGAUACAAGAUUGAUUUGUAAAACCCUUGAAAUGUAGAUUUCUUGUAGAUGUAUUCUUCACGUUGUAAAUAUGUUUUGUAGAGUGAAGCCAUGGGAAGCCAUGUGUAACAGAGCUUAGACAUCCAAAACUAAUCAAUGCUGAGGUGGCUAAAUACCUAGCCUUUUACAUGUAAACCUGUCUGCAAAAUUAGCUUUUUUAAAGAAAAAUUUGGGGGGUUAAUUUAUCAUUCAGAAAUCUUGCAUUUUCAAAAAUUCAGUGCAAGCGCCAGGCGAUCUGUGUCUAAGGAUGCGAUUUUGAACCAUAUGGGCAGUGUACAAAAUAUCAUGAAACAACUGUUUCCACACUUGCACCUGAUCAAGAGCAGUGCUUCUCCAUUUGUUUUGCAGAGAAAUGUUUUUCAUUUCCCGUGUGUUCCAUUUCCCUCUGAAAUCCUUGAUCUGAUUUUAUUCAUUUUUUAAGGCUCCUCUUUUUCUCCUUUCUUAAGGCACUGUUGCUAUGGCACUUUUCUAUAACCUUUUCAUUCCUGUGUACAGUAGCUUAAAAUUGCAGUGAUUGAGCAUAACCCACUUGUUUGUAUAAAUUAUUGAAAUCCAUUUGCACCCUGUAAGAAUGGACUUAAAAGUACUGCUGGGCAUGUGUGCUGAAAGUACAUUGAUUGCUCAAAUAUGAGGAAAUGGCCCAAUGAACAUGGUUGUGGGAGGGAAGAGGAAACAAAGCUAGUCAGAUGUGAAUUGUAUCUGUUGUAAUAAACAUGUUAAAAGAAACAAAAAUUGUUAUUUUUCUUUACCUUCGGUCAAUGCAUAUUAGAAUUUGAACUACCUGGGGAUUCUUUAUCAAAACUAUUCUUGUUGAACGUUUAUACUUCAUUGAAAUAAUUCCUUAAGGGAGGUUUUGUUUAAAGCAUAUUAACAGGAAAAUGUGUAUAAGACUAUUUAAUGAAAUAAGAAAUUCAACAAGAACAAUUAAGUCACUUCCCAAGUGGUUGUCAUUUGUUAAAUCCCUGGUUUACCUGUCUUGCUAUUAUGACAUUUCAUUUUGAAGGAUGUUUGUGUUGUAGCUAACUGUUCAAGUCUGGUGCUGACUGCUGUUCUUAGCCAUCACAAAACGCUAAAUUUGUGUAAUUGGAGCUUCCUGCUGUUACCUGGAGAUGGUGGGAAAGCUCAGCUUUGUAUAUUGUUUCCUAAAGUAUAUUAAAAUAAAAAAAGAAACUAUUGCUACUAUAAAAUUACCUUGGCUUUUUUUUUCUUUGCUAAAGUAUUGGUCUCGUGGCCUUAGCAUGACACUGCCAGUAUUAAAUCAGAUCACAAGGGUUUCUUUAUGCAGAAAAAUCUCCUAAUUCAAAAUCUUAUCCGAUUUAGAGACUUUUUUUCCUGUUGAGGCAGAUGCAUUCAUGUGCUUUCAGAACUGCCAGCACCAAGGGCUUAUUUUGUGAUGUUAGACAUUGUUGCUACAUUCUGGGAUGCAAAAAUUCAAAAUGCUCUUGUGCUUUAAGCAUAUUUAAAGUAUAGAAGAUAAUGCUCAGACUUCUUAAUACAUUUAAAAAGGUAAAUUGUGAUAGUAUGGUUGAUAUUUUCUAAAUACAAAAAUAUUCCAGUGUAAUUAAGAAUUAAGAUCAUACUGGAAACUGACUUUUUUUAUUGUAACUUGAGGAUAAAAUGUAAAAAAAGACAAAUGUCAUAAAUUACAUCGUCAUGAAAUGUUAAUACCUGUGAGAUUGUUAAUAUUUGCUGGGCUUGAUUAGUGCAUGUACAUGAAAUUCGGAAGAGCUCUGUUAAGUUAGAACCCUUACUGAUGUAGUCCUGUGUCUUUUCUGGAAAGAUGAUGGGGUAGGCAGAUAUUUCCCCAUCAGAUAGCAGCUUGGCUUGUGGUUUAAGGUAACUUUGAAUUUAAUUUGCUAAUUGUCUAUUGAUCUGUAUCACCUUAUUCGUUGGACUUCUAAAAAGUGUUUUUAUCCCUAAAUUAGGAAUUGCUCAUAUAUAUAUAUAUAUACAUAUGAGAAGAUGCCUAAUUUGAAAUUUCCCAGUGAAUUUUUAAACAAAAAUUUUGUGGAAAUAUUUUUACAAUAUUUGAUUCACUUAUUCUGUAGUGAAUUAUUUUAAAUACUGCACUUUAAUACUAAUACAGACUUGGUGUCCAGCUACUUUCUUGAGGUAACCAGGGGAUAUUUAUUAAAAUAGGUAUUAUACCCCUCCAGAAUAUCCUUUAUUUGUCCUGUUGCCAUGGCUUUGAGCAUGUAUCUCAUUUUGUGGACACUGUGGUUCAGAGAAUUGGAGAAUAGAGAUACAAAUUGCCCCUAGGAAACCUCGGGAUUUUAUUUUAAAAGGGACAUGAGUAGUGUUACAUUCAAAUCUUAAAAAGUGAUGUAAUAAAAUAUUCUGUGAAGGUGGGUCUGUUAGAAAGUCUUAGCCUUGAAGAGCCAGCCUCCAAUUUUUCCCUUUGUUUUCUGCUUAACUAAUUUGACUAACCUUUAAUUUGAUAACGGGCUGUACUGCCAGACUUUAAGCACACUGAAAACUCUGUGUCAGCCUUUUUUUAAAAGACAUUAUGCUGCUUUUAAUAGCCCAAAUGAGUGAUUUUUAUCUUCCAGAUUUUAUAUAUCUGCUUCAUAAUUGUAAAAUAUUGGAAAGGAGGUGCUUAACACUUUGCAAAGAAUUAAUUGUUAACCCAUGUCAGAAACAAUCUGUUCUCUUUAAACACAACCUUUAAGGGAUUAUUUCAAAGGGGAGGGGGCAGGGGGCAAAGUCAUUCACUGCAAACCAGAACUAUUGUAGUUCAGGACUUAAAGCUACUGUAUUUAGAUGUGGGGUUUGAAUAUACGGAUUUCUUUUCAAUAACUGUAAAUAUGGCUAUAUUCUUGUAUUUGUACUGGAGUGUACAAAAUGACACUGAAAAGUAAUAAAUAUGUUUUGACUAUA